AUGAAGAACCCGUUGCACAGCCCGUUGCCUGCCUCACUAUCUAGCGAGUGCAAAAAGGCCGCUGCGAUUCUCGAAUCCUUCACCAACCCGAAACUCAAGAUCGAUGGAAAAAUCCCACGUAAGAUAUUCGUAGGAGCCAAGGGAAUCGCCGUCUUCACAGCGCUCAGACUUGGAUUCCUGGGCUCAAUACGCUUUGGCUCGGGACUGAUUGUCGCCCGUCUCCCAGAUGGCAGUUGGUCCGCCCCGUCAGCCAUGGCAAUGGGCGGCGUCGGCGCCGGUGGUCAAUUUGGCGCAGAAUUGACCGAUUUCGUGUUCGUUCUGACUACCGAUGCAGCAGUGAAGACAUUCAUGCAGGCGGGAAACUUGACUCUUGGUGGGAAUAUAUCUAUGGCCGUCGGGCCUAUUGGUCGUAGUGCCGAGGCUGGGGGAGUAGUGGGUACGAAGGGCGCAACUGGGGUGUUCGCCUACUCUAAGACCCGUGGAUUAUACGGCGGUCUUACAGUCGAGGGUGGUGUUCUUGGAGAGCGAGCAGAUGCAAACAAAAAGUUGUAUGGGCGGGAAAUCCGAGCAAAGGAGCUGCUGAGCGGAUCGAUUCCACCACCACCUGAAGCGGAAGCCCUCAUCAAGGUUUUGAACGGGGACUUCUUCCGUGUCGAAGGACCUGUGGAACCAGCCCCGGAGGGCAUCGAGCAGUCGGGCGAACAAAAUCCCCAGGCUUCUAUGCAACCACCCGACGGGCAAUCACAGGGUAUCUUGGCGUCUGGGGAUAAUCAGUUAGCAGCUGUCGAGUCAAGCGCAGAGCAGACACCUGGAACAGCGGAACCACCCGUCGGAGAUUCCCAAAGUGUAUCCCCUGAGCGAGAAGAUCAGGAGACAACACCGGCUACUGAAAGUAAGCCAGGCACUGAGCUAGCUACAGAGGAAGCAGCUGGAGACCCUGAAAUAUCCAACACCCACGAUGCACCUACGUCAAAUGCACCAGAGCCUAUAUCUACAGCCGAGCAUGAUUUGGCUGUAGAGCCGAGUCAACGAUCACUCAAAGGCAAAGAGCCGGCAGUUGGAGACAUGCACGAUACCUCUCGUGAGCCAGGUAUCCCGGAGCCUAUCCCUGCUACUGAGCGGCUAUCUGACACCACAGAGACCACUCCUGGUAUGACUCGCUGA